AUGCCUGCGAAGAAAGUCUGCAUCGUUGGAUCUGGGAACUGGGGUUCCGCCAUCGCCAAGAUCAUCGGGCACAAUGUCAAGGCCUCCAACCGCUUCGACCCCGUCGUCAACAUGUGGGUGUACGAGGAGAUGAUAAAUGGGAGGAAGCUCACCGAGAUCAUCAAUACGGAGCACGAAAAUGUGAAAUACCUCGCAGGUCACAAGCUGCCCAAGAAUGUGGUGGCCGUCCCGGACAUCACGGAAGCCGUGAAGGGAGCCAAGAUCCUGGUCUUUGUGAUCCCGCACCAGUUCAUCAGCAAGCUUUGCGACCAAAUGAAGCCUUACAUAACGGAGGGAACCAUCGGGAUAUCUCUCAUCAAAGGCAUCGACGAGGGGCCCAGCGGGCUGAAACUCAUCUCCGACAUCAUCCGCGAGAAGCUGGAGAUCGAGGUCAGCGUCCUGAUGGGGGCCAACAUCGCCAGCGAGGUGGCCGACGAGAAGUUCUGUGAGACCACCAUCGGGGCCAAAAACGAGGCGAACGGCCUGAUAUUCAAAGAGCUGCUGCAGACGCCCAACUUUCGCAUCACGGUCGUGCAGGAGAGUGACGUGGUGGAGCUGUGCGGCGCCCUGAAGAACAUCGUGGCGGUCGGGGCCGGCUUCUGCGACGGGCUGGACUGUGGCGACAACACCAAGGCGGCGGUCAUCCGGCUGGGCCUGAUGGAGAUGGUGGCCUUCACCAAGCUCUUCUGCCAGGGCGCGGUCAGCUCCGUCACCUUCCUGGAGAGCUGCGGCGUGGCCGACCUCAUCACCACCUGCUACGGCGGCCGCAACCGCAAGGUGGCCGAGGCCUUCGUCCGAACGUCCAAGUCCAUCACCGAACUGGAGGCGGAGAUGCUGAACGGCCAGAAGCUCCAGGGCCCGCAGACCUCAGCCGAGGUGUACAGGAUCCUGCAGAAGAAGGACAUGGUCAACAAGUUUCCUUUGUUCGCGGCCGUCUACCUGAUCUGCUUCGAAGGCAAAGGGGUGAAGGAGUUCAUCACCUGUCUGCAGAACCACCCAGAGCACAUGUGA